AUGGUCCUGAGUCAUUGCCUGGUGGCUUUGAGACCCGAGCUUCACCUGAAGCUGAGUGCUGUGCACAUAGACUACAACACGCAUCCCAACAGCAGCCUGGAAGCCAGCUUUGUGGAGACCUGGGCGCAGCAGGUUGACCUGCCACUUUCCAUCAUCCGGCUCGCUGAUGCAACAGCCAAGCCUCAGUCUCGGGCUAUCUUCGAAGACUUCUCCCGCAAGGUGCGCUAUGAAGCCUACCAUGAGGCUGUGCGCAAAAGCGAUGCUUUGGCUGUGCUGACUGGACACCAUGAGGAUGAUGCCGUCGAAAAUGUUUUGUCAAACCUGAUGAUGGGCCGUAGCCUUUUCCAUCUCCCUGCGCUGGGGCCAGAGGCGUGCCUUGAAGGUGUGACUGUGUGGAGGCCGUUUUUCAACUUGCCCAAGAAGGUGCUCUACAGUUUCGCGAGGAAGCAUCGCAUCCCACAUCUCAGAAACAACGAUGCGCCCGCGUCGAGGAGGUCUUUGCUGCGCCGGGAGGUGCUCCCGGCUAUGAGUGGCACUUCUGGGCAGAGAACGCUGCGCAACAUUGCGCGCGUCGGGCGGUCUGCGAAAGACUGGAAGCAGAUCAUCGAUCAGCAGAUCCUUGGCCCCUUCUGGAAUUCCGUGCGUUUUUUUCCGCAUGGCGCGAUAGUUCCGUUUCGCGAAUAUGCUUCGUGGCCGCUGGCAUUCUGGGAGGAAGCUUUGGUCGGGAUCUUCCAUACUAUGGGAUGCUCCAUGCUCACGAAGCGUUCAGUUGAUCAGUUGAUGCGCGCACUUCAUUCCAAAAAGUCUGCAUGGCUGCCGAUUCACAAGCAACUCUGUAUCUUCUUGGAUUACUCUCUGCAUCAAAUCGUGAUAUUGGACUCCAAGCUGUUCCCUGCUCACCAGGCUGAGAUGGGUUGCUGGAAAGUAAGCCUGCAAUCAAUGAUCGGAAUGCCUGAGGAUGAUCGUGGCAACAGAACAGAUUCACUGAGUGGGCUUCUGAGUGGCUCUUUGCCUGUGGAGCUCCUCACCUUCCCCGGUUGCAGUACUGUACAAGGCUAUGUGGACCUACCAUCCACGCUGAAAACCCGUUUGCCGGCCCCUGAGGCCAUUGUGGCAUCAUUGGGGCUCGAAGUGAGAAGUGUGCAGAUGGUGCACUUGACUGCGGAGCUGGAUCCUCUGAAGCAAUCCUUCGUACGUUCCUCUGAAAUGAAUGGCUACCAG